UACCGCAAAGCCUAGACGCUUCAUUUAUCCUGACUGGCUCUCACAGCGGGAUCUAGCCGAUUCCACUCUACUUUGUACUUGGGCGCACUCAGCUGACUUGCCAACCGCAUUAUCUGCUCGACAGAAAACAGGCGAUACCGACAAGAUGAGAAGAGGUUUGCUACUGGUGACUUUUUUCCUCGUCAUGGAAUUUCGCUACAGCCGGUGCAGAUGCGACGAGCCCGGAUCGCGCAGAUCAACUUCCGAUCAGACCAUAGGCUUAGAAAACUUUAAGCGGAACAUCCUGAAGAGAUAUAAUGACUUGGAUUAUGACAGCUUUGUGGGUCUGAUGGGGAGAAGAAGUGCAGAGGCUGACGCUGAACAACCACCCCAAAAAAGGGAGAUGGAUGACAUUUUUAUUGGACUUAUGGGACGGAGAAACGCAGAGACUGAUAAUGGUCCCUGGAGGAGAGAGUAUCCAGAGAGGAGGGGCAUUUUUCUCAACAAGUGCAGGCUGAGGUUACUUCAGGGACUGUAGACACAGAGUUACUUUCAUUUGGCUACAAUGACAGAAUAUCACCGAGAACAUCAACAGCAAACCAAAUGUCUGAUGGAAACGAAAAAACACAUGUGAUUCCCACUGUACCCGGCUUAUGAAAGUGACAAUGUACCAAGCAUAAUGUACGGUUUUAUCUGGAGACAAAGCAUAAUUAGAAGUAAUAAAUUCUAUUUCUUUAUCAUGUCAUUCUUUUUCUUAAACUUCAAAAUAAAUGUAAUUUUUUAUACAUAAUUCAUUCAUUUAAAUGUUGGUGCAUUUUCCCUUGUUGUUUAGGUGAUUCUUCAAGCUGUUGUCUCAUGUUGAGACAAUAAUGUUCAAUCACAGUGUUGGGUUAAAUAA